AUGUUGACCGAUACAGGAAUGAUCUUGCCAAACUUUACAGAAUUACGUAUUUAUCCAUCGUUCACAGAAAUUCGUCAACAAUACAAUGCACCAAAGAAUUUCAGGAUGUAUUUUUCACAAGAUGUAUAUGCGAAUAUUGUUCGAGGUUCAUUGUCAAUUGAAGGUAUUCCGAUUGAAUCGAAACAAGUCGUUCCCCAUGCAAACAAUCUUGAAAAUCAAACGAUCUUUGUUCGAUGUAACUCAAACGAAGAACCUCAAGAAUGUCGUGUUAUUCAAGCUGAUGAUCUUCUUUUACAAAAUAUCAAAACAAAACGAUAUUUUCGUGCUCAACGACACGAACUCGAAUAUGUUACCAUGCCGGAACAGAAAGAAACUGAAGUGUCGUAUGUCUUAAAACAACAAGGCAAAGCAACAUUGAGCUAUCAAAUUCAUGGUAUUUCUUGGUUGCCACAGUACGAAUUGAGUAUUCUAUCCGAUGAUCGUCAGCAUACAUUUCAAGCAUUUGCCGAAAUUACGAAUGGAACAAAACAAGAAUAUAGAAUCGAUCGCACAGAAUUGUUCAGUGGGGAUGUGCACUUACAAGGAGAAGUCGAAGCAAAACGACGUCGUGAUCGAUCCAGAAGUAGAAGCAGAAGUUUAAGUGUGGCUUCUGAGGAAGAUAGAGAAGAAUUUGACUGUCGCGGUAUGACACUGACUAUUGAUACACUAGGAGAACUAGCAGGUCUCUAUCUCUAUUCAAUCGAUCAGCCGUUUAUUCUCUUGCCUAAGUCAACAUUUGGUUUGCCAUUCAUCAAUGCAACAAUUCAAAUAAGAAAAUAUGUCGGUCUGACGCUUUCAUUUACUAGUCACACACAAAUACGAAAAUUGCAACGAAAAUAUCGUAUUGAAUCGAUUGAUAAAUUUCUUCCUGGUGGACCAUUAACUAUUCGAGAACAGGGUCAUUUAGUUGGAGUGACGACUUUGCCUGACAUGAGCGUAGGUGACAAGCACACUUUCAGCUGUGGCCAAGAUUCUGAUGUUUCAUUAAAUCGACAAGUAAAAUUAAUUUCGAGAGAAAGACAUUCAGCCAUGUACGCCGUUCAUCUAACAUUCAAAAAUGUCAAGUCAACACCAGUGAAAUUCGAAUACAAUGAAAUAAUUGAUAAUGAAGAUGCACAAUUCAAAAUUAUUCUCAAAGGAUCCGAUGAUCAACGAGCCCAAAUUGAAGUGACUGCGAAUGGUAUUCAAAUAGAACAUAAAAAUGGUACAGAUGAUCUUCAUGGCAUGUUGGCAGCAAACGGUGGCGAACAAAUCUACGAAUAUGAAAUUCGUCUCAAUUAUCCUAAAAAAAGCAAUUCAUCUUCGAAAAGACGACGAGAAUAA